AUGUCGCGCGUCGAGGACGAGCUCUUGGGUUUGCUCUCGGAUUUGGACGGUACCGAAAAGCGAGCCGGGCUGGUGGGCUCAAGCCUGAGCGGCGCGAGAAGGCCUGGCGGGAAGGGCGAGAGUUCGGACGCGCGGGGAAUCGAACCCGGGUCCUCGGAACCGCGUUCGAGCGACCCGACCGUCGCGACUGUCGCGAGGUCCGCCAACGCGUACGGCGCCGGCGCCGGCGGGUCGGGCUCGCGCAAGGCGGAUUGCCUCGUCCUCGACCUCGACGGCACCCUGCUCAACCGCGAGUGCGUCAUCACCCCGAGGACGGCGGAGGCGCUGAGGGAGUGCGCCGCCGCGGGAGUCGUCGUUUUUAUCGCCACGGGUAAGGCGAGGCCGGCGGCUAUUCGCGCCGCCGCCACCGCGGGCCUCGACGGCGACGACGGCGUCGUCUCCAGAAAGUCCCCGGGCGUGUUCAUCCAGGGACUGGACGUGUACGGUCGCGAGGGCGAUCCCAUCUACAAGGCUGAGAUGCCACACGACGUGGUGCGCGAGGCGUUCGGGCUCGUGUACGGGCAGGGUCUGUCGACGAAGGUUGCGCUGACGGCUUUUUGCGGCGACGAGUGCGCCACCCUCGCGUCGCAUCCGCUGCUCGAUGAGCUCAGCUCGUUGUACCACGAGCCCAAAUCGGUGGCCUGGGACGACGUCGAUCAGCUGGUUCACGCCGCGAACGCCGCGUUCGGCGGGAACGCCACCGCGAGCGGCGUGCAGAAGCUCCUGUUGAUGGCGGAGACGGCGGAGGAGAUCGACGACGCUCGGCCGCGAUGGGAGGCGCUGUUCGGGUCUCGGGCCGAGGUGACGCAGGCGGUGCCCAACAUGCUCGAGAUCCUCCCGCUCGGCAACGACAAGGCGAGGGGGGUGCGGACGCUGCUGACGCACCUCGACGUGGACGUGUCGAGGGUCGUCGCCGUGGGGGACGGCGAGAACGACCUCGGGAUGUUGAGGCUGGUGGGCCGCGGCGUCGCCAUGGGUAACGCGGGGGCAAAGGUCAAGGCGGCGGCGAGGGAGACGCUGGCGGCGACGAACGACGAGGACGGCGUGGCGGAGGCGAUCCAGAGGUUCGUGCUGUGA